AUGUCUAGUGCCAGACCACAGGCUCGCCAGAGAGUUUUGGCCACCAAUGAGGUUGAAUUGUUGUAUGCCAAGUCAAAGACUUAUCUUCAUCCUACUUCAGCCAAGAAGGAUAAUAUUCCUGGAUUCUUAAGUUUAACCAGAGGUUCCAAUGGAACUAACUUGGAUAUCCUCUUGUCAUUCACUCCUGAAAGUCAACUUUCAUCUGAAGAAAAGAAAGUUUAUGAGACGGUUGAUGUGGAAGAUAUUUCCCUUGAUUUGGAUGCUAUAAAUAUCAAUUCAAAAAGUAAUAUUAAUAACACCAAGAUUGUGGCAUCAAGAAUUGUUCCUAAACCAUCAGUUUCAUUAUUAUCAGGAUAUUCAUUUAGUGCUCCAUUACUGUAUGUAUAUUCAAUUCAAGUUAGAAAACCUUCGUUAGGGUUUUGGUUUGGAUCGAUUGUCAUUAAUACUAAGGAUGGAGAGAAAUUACCCAUUGUAUUCUUUCAUGAUGAUGAAUCUCCAUCAAGUCAAUCUCUGAAAAGAUUGAGUAAUAAGAAAUUCGAUCCCUUUGAUGAAAAUGGUAAUAUGUAUUGGAGUGGGAAAGAAUUUAUUAAUGUAUUAGAAAAGUUUGUUAAUGUGGAAAAAUCAACUGUAACUAGUUCAGUUUAUCUUAUUAAUCCUGAUUCUGGUGAUUUAAGAAAUUUUGCUCCUAUUACAAUUGAAGAUAAGAAGAAUAAUAGUGGUGAUAAGAAAAUUGAACCUAUAGUUUUACCUGAUAUUGGUAAACUCUUUGCAUCAGCGAAAUGGAAAGUUUUAGAAACAGUUGCCACUAUUUCGGCCAAAACUAAGAAUCAAAUGAUCAAUCUUCUUGAAGAAAAUGCUCCAUUGACUGUUAAACAAAUCAUGAAUAAACCUGAAGUUCAAAGAAUUGGAGAUGAUUUUGAUCUGGCUAGAGUUUAUUUAGCUAAAUGGGCUCAACAAGUUAAAGAAGAAGCUGAAGAAAGUCAACGGAAAAACAUGUUACAUGAUGAAAUCUAUAGUAAGAUCAAUCGGGAAUUAGGAUCAACUGAAAUAUUAACCAAUGAAGAAAUUAGUCAAAGUUCAAGAAGAAAACCAAUCAAUAAACAAGAAUGGGAAUCAUUUUUCGAUUAUAGUGGUAGAUUGAAACUUACAGCUGAUGAAGUUAAAUCCAGAAUUUUCCAUGGAGGGUUAGAAGAUGAUGUAAGAAAGGAAGCAUGGUUAUUCUUAUUAGGGGUAUUUGAUUGGAAUACAUCAACUGAAGAUCGUGAACAAUUUAAAAAGUCUUAUGAAACUGCAUAUGAAGAAUUAAAAUUAAAAUGGGUAACUGAUGAAGAUAAGAGAGCCACUGAAUUUUGGAAAGAUCAAAAACAUAGAAUUGAAAAAGAUGUUAAUAGAACUGAUCGUAACUUAGCAAUUUUCAAAAAUCCACAUAAGAAGAAUCCAAAUGCUAAUUCUGAAGGUAAUAGUAAUUCUCGUGAAUCAAGCCCUGAAACUCCUGAUGAAGAUGAACUUGAUGAUGAAUCUGAUAUUUCCAAUAUUAGAAAUCCUCAUCUUUAUAAAUUAAGAGAAAUCUUAUUGACUUAUAAUGAGUUUAAUGAAGAUUUAGGUUAUGUUCAAGGUAUGACUGAUCUUUUAUCACCAUUAUAUGUUACUUUCCAGGAUGAAUCAUUAACAUUUUGGGCGUUUGUUAAAUUUAUGAAACGAAUGGAAAGAAAUUUUGUUCGGGAUCAAUCAGGAAUGAAGAUUCAAAUGAAUACAUUGAAUAAACUUUUACAAUUUAUGUUACCUAAUUUAUUUAAACAUUUAGAAAAAUGUGAAUCGAUUGAUUUAUUUUUCUUUUUUAGAAUGUUAUUAGUAUGGUUUAAACGAGAAUUAGAUUGGGAUCAUGUAUUACGAUUAUGGGAAAUCUUAUGGACAGAUUAUUAUUCGAGUCAAUUUCAUUUAUUCUUUGCUUUAAGUGUAUUAAGUGAUAAUGAAAGGAUCAUUGUUCAAAAUUUAAGAAAGUUUGAUGAAGUUUUGAAAUAUAUGAAUGAUUUACUGAUGAAAUUAAAUGUGGAUCCAUUAUUAAUCAGAAGUGAAUUAUUAUUCUUGAAGUUUAAGAGAAUGAUUGAUAUUAUCGAUAGAGAUAAUAGUAUGAAGACCAUUGAUGCUGAAGUUUAUGAAAGUGAUGUUAAUGCAAAUACGGGAAAGAAUGAUAAGAUUAUUGAAAUCAGUCCUGAAUUAAGAGGAUUAUUAAGUAAAGAAAUCGUCAUUCAAAAGGAAGUUCCAAGACCAGAAGGUGUUGGAGGUGGUUAA